CAUUUCAAGGGCAGCUAGCACAGUGUACAGCUCCCGUGUGGUGUGGACUUGUCCCUGGAGCUACAAUGAACAUGCUUUGCAGAGCAUCUCAAAUCCGCAGAUGUGCGGUCGGGCUGAGUCACUCCCUGAGCCUGGCGAGCGUGUCCACUCCGUCCCGGCACAAGCACACUCUGCCUGACCUUAUGUAUGACUACGGAGCUCUGGAGCCCCACAUUUCUGCAGAGAUCAUGCAGCUUCACCACAGCAAGCACCACGCCACCUAUGUCAACAAUCUCAACGUCACUCAGGAGAAGUACCAGGAGGCACUCGCUAAGGGAGAUGUUACUACACAGGUGGCCCUGCAGCCUGCUCUCAGGUUUAACGGAGGUGGUCACAUUAACCACACAAUCUUCUGGACUAACCUCUCGCCCAAUGGAGGAGGAGAGCCACAAGGUGAGCUGAUGGAGGCCAUUAAGCGAGACUUUGGCUCCUUCCAGAACAUGAAGGACAAGAUGUCUGCCGCCACAGUGGCCGUGCAGGGCUCAGGCUGGGGCUGGCUGGGCCUGGACAAGGAGAGUGGAAGACUGCGUAUCGCUGCAUGUGCCAACCAGGACCCACUGCAGGGCACCACCGGUCUGAUCCCUCUCCUGGGCAUUGACGUGUGGGAGCACGCCUACUAUCUCCAGUACAAGAACGUGCGCCCUGACUACGUGAAGGCCAUCUGGAACGUCAUCAACUGGGAGAACGUCAGCGACCGGCUCAAGGACGCCAAAAAGUAGACUCUAUCCAGACUAUGCACUGGGAAUAUCAAGUGGUGGAGAUAAUUUUACAAAACUGGCAUCACAAAGCAAAGCCUAUGAUGUAAUCCAUUCAGAACAUCCAGUCCAAUAAUGACACCAAUGUAAAAGUAAUUUCCAUUGCUUUUCCCAUAGGUCUGUACUAUCUACGUCAAUGUUUUUUAAUCAGUUACAAUCUCAUGAGUCUAAAGGUGUUCCAAAUAUACAGCUCAAGCAGUCUGUGAAAAAUGUAUAUGUAGUGUUUUUGAUGUAAUAUAAUAAAAGAGAAUUUAUAUUGAACAAA